UUCGAAAUGCAUCGGUAUAUUCAGCGUAUCAAACGGCAGCCACACUGGAUUUUGUUUAAUUGUUUUAUUUUGUUUCUGGUUUUGACCGAUUGCGUCGCGAAAUGGAUGUGGACAAGAUCUGCCUUACCUGCCUGAGUUCGACGGGACCCCUCCUGUCCAUUUACGACGGCGGAUCCGGCAGCUGCCUGGCGGACAUGAUCCGGGAGUUCACAAAAACCAAGCCCCGACGCAACGAUAAUCUUCCCGAGAAGGUGUGCCUAAGCUGUUUAAGUGAGAUCUCCAAUUGCUACACCUUCAAAAUCAAGUGCGAGAACUCCAGUCGCACUCUGCGCCAGUUGCUACCGAAUGCGCUGCCGGAGGAGCCCGAUAACAAGGUGUCCAUCAGUUGUCCAGUGGCCACGGCAGACCAGGCGGUGCAGACCACUAGUUGGGAGCCCGUCAGAUGCACAGCCUCCGUGCAAACGGACGCAGUGGCUACCACAGACGCCGAACAGAAUACCAGCCUGGUUAAGUCAACAAUUUCAGUGGACCUGGACUACGAAGGCGAGGGCGAGGUCUUCGACUACGAACUGCCGGAUGAGCCCGUCGAAAAGACCACCAGCCUUAUUCUCCAGGUUCAGGGAAAUUUGAAGGAUGAAAAGGAAGUGGUGUUUACCCAAACCAAUGUUAUUUACGAGAGCGACGACCACGAGUUGGAGCAGCAGAUCAGGGAAUGCAACCUGGCUAUUUUUGAAGGUGUCGACAACGAAGCGGAGAUCAUCACAGUAACCGCUCCUCAGGUUACCACCAGGAAGAGCGCCGCCAAGCUCUUAACGCAGCAGGAAAACGAAAAGCUGGACACCCCUGUGACGUCUUCUAAGGAGGAAGCUGGCGAAAUUGAAAAGGAACAAGUGCCUCAGACGGCUAAGCGCUCCUCACGGCGGCGCGGAGGUGUCAAGCAAGAUGUGCCAACUACCCCACCUUCAGAAGCAGAGCCUUCCUCCAAACAGCAUCGGUUGGGAACUCAGCGAAAAUUGUGCGCGCCGAAGACAGGAACAGUCAACAGCACAAGCACAAUGUCAGGAGGAGCAGCCAUUACCCCUGAGCUCAAGUACCAUUGUGAUCGUUGCAACGCGGGAUUCGCGCUGGAGAAAUCGUUGAUGAUCCACAGACGCCAAAAGGGUUGCAUCAACCGCAACUUCAAGUGCAAUGAGUGCGAGAAGGUCUUUGUGUCGCCGGAUCACUUGGCAGAACACCAGGCCAGUCAUGGUGCCCACAAUUGCCCGGAGUGUGGAAUACGGUGUGAUUCCAAGGAGCAACUGAGCAAGCACAUGGUGCAGGGCCACAAGCGAAAUCUGCGGAAUCAGUGCAAUAUCUGUCAGAAAGUAUUCACCAUGCUAUCCACGCUGCGUGACCACAUGCGCAUCCACACUGGCGAGAAACCCUUUGUGUGCAAUAUCUGCGGAAAGAGCUUUACACAAAACGCCAAUCUGCGCCAGCACAAGCUGCGCCACUCGGAGACGAAAAGUUUUAAGUGCGAGCUGUGCCCGCACUCGUUCGUUACCAAGGCGGAACUCACCUCUCAUGCCCGCACCCACACCGGCGACAAGCCAUUCGAAUGCGAGGUCUGUUUGGCGAGAUUCACCACCAGCUGCUCCCUGGCCAAGCACAAACGAAAGCACACCGGCGAACGGCCGUACGCCUGUGAUCUCUGCCCCAUGAGAUUCACUGCCCUAAACGUGCUGAAGAACCACCGAAGGACGCACACAGGUGAGCGGCCGUACGUCUGCCCCUUUUGCUCGAAGACCUUCACGCAACGGGGUGACUGCCAGAUGCACCAGCGUACCCAUCAGGGCGAUCGCAUCUACAUUUGCCCGGUGUGUAAUGAGGAGUUCAAGUCGAUGCACGAGAUGCGAUCACAUUUGGCCGGGCACGAGCAGCACGACAAACGCCUGGUGCAUUUUACCUUUCUUAGCAACAAGGAAAACGGAAGCGGAGCCCUUGAAGAAGACCUUAAUGAGAUGACUGAGUCUGCGCUUAUGCUAUAAGUCGAAG